AUCUAAAUUGGGUUCUCUGACGAGAUCGCGAGAUCUUGACUCACCUUCCUUUUCUACCCUCUGUUCCAUUUAAAAGUGGUGCCUUCUCGCCGGUUUCAUUAUCCCUCGGAGUACCUGAUCGAAAAGACAUCCUUUCUUCUUUUGAAAAUACAACCAGAAUCAAUAAGACACGGCAAUAUUCCGAUUUAUUUAUCAAACAUUUCUCCCUUGACUCGGACUUCGUCUUGACUUUGGUUUGACGGCUCUCGCAAUAGUCGCAUCACCCGACUUGCUUUUAUCACAUGACCUGUCACAUGACGUGUUCAUACAGUCAGUCCCAUAGGCAUAGCUAUACUCUAUAGAGAUAUAUCUCUAUGGUCAGUCCUCACCAUAGAGAUACCGUACGAGGUCCUGCACCCCAUAUAGAUAUCUCUAUGACUUUAUGCCUACUAUGGUCCUCGCUCGCAUACAGUCAUGUCAGCGGACUUUAUUUCCGAAAAACUCCGAAAUGUUCUGGAACCAAAUGGUUUUGAGAUUCACCCUUUCAAGAUCGGAUGGUACAAUGAGAAGGUAAAACCUGUCUUCCAUCUGUCCUAUCCACAGGACACUUUAUCCUUCUGCGUGCUUAGCACUCCCUCAAUGUUUGACAAGGCCUUUUUACCGUUUGUUGAAAGACUAAAGACUCAAAGUGAAAUUGAAAACAGAGACCCGAUCGACUCAUGUGUAGCAGAGCAACUCCAAAAGGCAAAAGAGGCUUUACAACCAGACCAUGAAGUUAACAUAAUCCAAGACUUUGAGGUGCACCCAGUGACUAGGAGACCCAAGCUCUUAGUCCAGACUGCAGGCCAUGUGUCAGGAGCGGCAUUCUACUACAAGAGAGAUAGCAUCACCAAUGACCCUUGGGAUGAAAAGAAGAAAGUCUAUGGAGUCAGUAUCCACCCCAAGUACGGCGGUUGGUUCGCCUUCCGAGGUGCCAUCAUCAUAAAGGACACCUUCUGCAGUGACCUUCAACAAACCGCACCUCCCAAAACACUCUCAACAGAUCAAGAAAUCGUUGACCUUUUAGAGAAAUUCAACUUCCAUUGGAAAGAAAAUACAUUCAGGGACGUGGUGCCCGUUCAGGAGAAGUAUUCGGCAGAGCAGAUUUGCUACUGGAACACAGCACCGUCAAAACGUUUUGCCUUGCUAGGAAUCAAGGAUAAGUUGAAAUCCAUGUCCAGCUUCCAGGACCCUCAUGAAAAUAUCUUUUAAACCUGCGAUGUAUUCUAUUUUAUUUUUUUAAGGAUGCAUUUUCAUUUUGGGUAUAGUCAUUCAGUUGAGCAUUAUCUCAUUGGAUAUUAUGUGCAAUAAAAUGUAUUCAUGAUGUACAGCUAACAAG